AUGGAAGGCCUAAUGCUUCAUCUCUUCCCAUCCAAGUUUGACCUUGAACAAACCGAACUAGAGAUGAUCAAAGGUUAUUUGGCAGUCGGAGGGGUUGCAAUGCUUGAUCAGACAAGGAAGUUCCGCCGCUCAAUGAAGUCGAACCGAUCAGUGACACAAGGGCAUCAUUGGGACAACUCGGCGAAUCGUACGAGGGAGGAGGGAAAGGGCAUGAACGUGAGACUGAUGGGGUGGUCGGAACGCAUGUAG